AUGAACUCACUUAAAAGAUUAUUCAGUUUCCUUUAGAAACCAUAAUAAGCUAGUCCAGAUGAUAGCGAAGAUGAUAUCUUAGAUUCACCAUGUCAGUAAAGAUUUUAAGAUGAGGAAGAUGAUCAUCAGAAUUACUAAAGACCAGAGGUUUAAGCCAGGAAUUAAACAAGAGAAAGAGUGAUAUAUGCAACUUUUGACCAGGAAAUCGAUGAUGAGGAAAUGGAAAAGAUUCUAUAGCAGGAUGAUGCUCUUUUGUAUGUCAAGAGGUAAAAAUUAGAUAAUUAGAAGUAGCUGACUGAUCCAUCGAUUGAAAGCAGAUCAAAUCACCAUUAAAUCUAAAGACCAAAAAGUGAAUUGAUAAAGGCCACUAUUAGUAAUCCUAGUAAUACAACUAACUUGAACUAAUAACCUAAAAGUAUUCUGAAAAAGUCACUGAUAAGCAGUAGUAAGUAGGUAUUAUAACCAUUAAGCUCAACCUUAAAUGAGAAUAAUACUAAGAAAAAUGUUGUUGUCUUCUCAGAAGUUUCCUUGAAAGAUAAAUAAAUUCUAAACAAAAGAGAAGAAAAAACCAAAAGAAAAUAAGAAUAUCCCGAAUUAAUCUCUAGUAAUAAAAAAUAAAUUGACCAGAGUGGGAUGAUGCUUGAUAAAAGCAUUAUUAAGCCAGGAGAAAUGAUUUAGAUAUAAAACUUAGAAUCGAUGAGGAGGCAGCUUGAGCGAAGUGACUUAGAACUCAACAAAGAGACUCAAGUUACAAUAAUCGACACCAGUAAUACAUCGAAAACCUAAUUGAAUUAAAAUGAUUCCAACUUAAUUGAUUAAAACGAUUAAGACUAGCCAAAGCUAUCUGAACUUACUUAUGAGUAACACAUGCUUAUGGAAUAAAAAGUCAAAGAUUUCUAGAUGAUGCAGAAAUAUGUGAUAAUUGGUUGCAGAGUUGCUUCAUGUGGCCAUACUUUCUGUAACAUUUGCCUCACUGAGUGCUUGAUUAGAAGAAAGACCUGUCCUGAGUGUAGAUAGGAGAUCAGAUCGUUCAAGAUCACACCCAAUCGAUUGAUUGAUUAUUCAGUCAAGACUAUGAUGCAUUGCAAAAAGAUUGAUAAUUAAAUUGAGGAUCAUAACAGAUUUAGAGAUCGGGUGAAAAACUAUUAGGCUUGGAAAGAUAAGCAUGUACUUAGCUAUGAUCUCAAAGCAGGGGAUAAAAUUGAUGUCAGAGACACCUAGUAUAUUUGGUGUGUAGCACUCAUUCAACUCAAGAUACAAACCCCAGAUCGUCCACCCAUAUAUUUCAUCCAUUAUGAAGGAUGGCACAAGAAGUAUGAUGAAUAUAUUGUAUCAAAUUCAAGCAGAUUAGCUCCAUUAGGAAUAUAUACUGCUAGAGCCGACAUCCCCAGAUACUAUUAGUGUCCAAGGACAAACUAAAUGUAUGGGCAAGUCUUAGAGAAUGAGGCUCAGCUUUAAUAGUUCAGGUAGUAAUAGCAGCAGAGAUUUUAAAAUUAACUUUUAUUGUAACAAUAAGAAGAAUAAGAAUAAGACGAAGAUGCUGACGCUGAUGAGGAAUUUGCAGAGGAUCAAGAUGAAGAGCCAGAAGGUUAGGCUAAUGAGGAGUAGUUAGAAAUAAUAGUUGAAGGCCAGGAAGGGCAAAGAGUGGCACCAGUUGGAAAUGCUAACAUCCUGAUUCAAGACUAGGCCUUAAAUAAUCAGGAACCAGUACCAGUUUUAAACUAAGAUUUACAAGAAGUACUCCAACCUGUUGAGGAUCAUCAAUAGAAUAGUAAUAAUAGGGACAACGCACAACAGUUAAACCAGAUCAACAACCAGUCUGCUGAGCUAAUGAACUAGAAUAACGAAAUGCAAAUCAGAAUAAAUUUAGUAAGUGCUUUGAGCCAAAGUUAGCAUUAGCAGUUACCCUAAAACCUCUAGCUUCAAAACCAACAAGCAAAUUCUAAUAGUAGUAGCUAGCAAGUCUAAAGCUCAUCUGAGUAUUCAAUGAUGUCAAUCUCUGAGAUAAGAGAAAUGAUCAGACGAAUGGACGAGGAUCUUGUGAAUAUGCAGCAGGAGCAUUCUCAGAAUGAGAUUAGACUAGCAUUUUAGCCUUCGAUUUUUAACUCAAGCAUGCUGAUGAGAAACCCUCCUCCUUUAGAAAGAGAAACAUCAUACUUGAGUUAACUAUAAAGAUAGCUUCACUCGAUAAGAUAGAGGAGACAAUAACUGCAAAUGGAAAUGAUCAAUUAAAGUGUUGCGAGGGAUGGAUAGGAGGAAUUAUAGAAUGCUGGGUCUUAAUAGUAAAUAUAGUAGCAAUAAUAGUAACUAAUUUAAAUUCAAAGUCAAUAGCUAAAUAAUGGAGAACCUAUUAAUAAUAAUGGAAGUUCUAACAGUGUAAUCAAUAGUGGUAAUAAUAACAGUAAUUGA